AAUGGAAUCCCUGUAUUUAAAAAUAUGUUUUCAAACCCAAUAGAGAGGAAGUGAAUCAAGUAUAAAAAGAAAUGAAAAAGGCUCUGAAAUCGUCUUUCAGUUUACUUGUAUGCAUGGUUUUAGAAACUUAAAGAAUCUUAAAGAAGAAAAAAAGCUCUCCUUUUCUCUCUCUCUCUCUCUUUCGACCUUAUAAUCGCAGAAUCACUCUUCUGUUUGUUGACCUAGAUCUUGAGGAUCAAAGUUGAAUUUUUGAGAUCUGGGUUUUGGACAAAGACUCUGUCUUUCUUCAUUCAUUCUACCGUUUUUGUUUCAGCUCAGCUCGAAAUUUUAUUUAAGGCAAUGGCUAGUAUGAAAUAAAGAUUCCAUCUUUUGUAUGCGUUUCAACUAGAAGGGAGGCGUGAUUCGGUUUCCAAAUGGUUGAGGCGCAGCAGAAGAGUUAUCAAGUGCCACGUCACCACACAUCUCUCAAGAAGCCCUUAUGGCUCGUCUUGGCAGUUUCAGUGCUCAGCAUGCUUCUCAUCUGUACUCACAUGAUGUCUCCACGACACAGCAAGACCUCCUCCUCGUGGCUACCUAUUCACGUCAGGAAACUCACUGACGAAGAGGUAGCAGCACGAGCAGUGGCCAGAGACAUACUCAAAACGCCUCCUCCCUUCGUCACCGAAAACUCUAAAAUCGCUUUCUUAUUCUUGACUCCUGGUACUUUGCCGUUUGAGAAGCUCUGGGAUGACUUUUUCACGGGUCAUGAAGGGAAGUUCUCUAUCUACAUCCACCCCUCCAAGGAAAGGCCAGUUCAUAUCAGUAGUCACUUUUCUGAUCGAGCGAUCCAUAGUGAUGAGGUCACUUGGGGUAGGAUCUCUAUGGUUGAUGCUGAGAAGAGGCUACUGGUUAGUGCUCUUGAAGAUCCUGAUAACCAACACUUUGUUCUUCUUUCAGAGAGUUGUAUACCGUUGCAUAAUUUUGACUACACCUAUAGAUAUUUGAUGUACUCCAACGUCAGCUUCAUUGAGAGUUUUGUGGAUCCUGGUCCUCAUGGAACUGGUAGACACAUGGAACACAUGUUACCUGAGAUUGCUAGGGAAGAUUUUAGAAAGGGUGCUCAGUGGUUCACAAUGAAGCGACAACACGCGGUUAUAGUGAUGGCUGAUGGUCUCUACUACUCAAAGUUCCGCCAAUAUUGUGGACCAGGGAUAGAGGCUGACAAGAACUGCAUUGCAGAUGAACAUUACUUGCCAACAUUCUUCAGUAUGAUUGAUCCUAUGGGGAUCUCUAACUGGUCAGUGACUUAUGUUGAUUGGUCUGAACGACAGUGGCAUCCCAAGACUUACACAGCAAAUGAGAUAUCAUUAGAUUUCAUGAAAAAUGUCACAACCGAAGAGAUGAGUACACAUGUCACAAGUGUGGGAGAGCAUGGAGAUGAGCUGCAUUGGCCAUGUACGUGGAACGGGAUUACACGGCCUUGUUAUCUGUUUGCAAGGAAGUUUCAUCCUGAUACUCUCGACACAUUGGUCAACCUCUUCCCAAACUACACAAGCACACUGGUCUAACCAAGGAUUCUUGAGCUGAAACAAGCAAUUCUUGAACCAAUUUUUUUGUUCCAGAUAUGGAUCUUUUAGAUACUGUAAAUCUUCUGAAAACCAAAAACUGAAAUGACUCGUUGAAGUUGAUGUUUCUCGAUGAAACUGAAAGCCGUUUAUACGAAGUUAGAGCAGAAACUCUUUUUUUAUUAAUCUAAAAGAUCUUUCAUAUCAAUAAGUUACAUACCAUUGUAACUUAUUGACAUACCAUUCUCUUUGGCCAGGUCUCUC